ACCAUUCGCAGAGAUCUGCGAGGCCGGGCGAUGGCCCGACUCCGUGUUUUGCUGCUGACCCUGGCAGUGCUUCCUGAUGCCACUUUAGCGGAGGAACAACAAGGUGUCAGGCGGCACCGGCAUAUGCGACGACAAGGGCCCUUCCAGGAGUUCAAGUCCGUGCCGCCGAAUCGUUUUGGAACGCCCCAGGAGGGCCAGGAGCAUUCGGAGACGGUGAACCUGACCAUGGGCUCCAGCAAGGAUACCGAGGGAAAGGUGGUGAGCCAAUGGGCUUGCGCCUUGAUGUGUGCGAGUAGAGCCACCCAGGGCUGUUGUUCCUACCAAGGAGAGUUGGGUGUCUGCGAAUUUCAGCCCGGCACACCCGGCACCAACGCCACGGUGCCAGGCUGGACGCAGGCAAGGUGUACACCAGGAUACGCCACUGCCAAGUGUGCGCCAUGGGAACAAGGGAAAUGCAUGGGACAGGCUCAGCCGGCGGCGGAAGGGCUAGCGAUCUGGGAGCUUCUCUGGGAGGACCACUUCGACACCGACACCUGCGUCCUGGACGGCAGCGGCGUGUUACGCCCCAGCCCCGAGUUCUGGAGUUCAGAGAUUGGCUACAAACGUGGCAAGGCCCACUCCCGUCAACUGCCGCCCAUUUACCGACCCAGUCGCCCCGGAAAAAUAGGGGGCGUAUGGCUGCCACCCAGAAAAAAAGCCUUUCCGCGGCAAGACGACAGCGGCUCGGCGCCGGCCUGCGACUGUUCGCAGUCGGCGGAGUUCACAAGCGCCUCAUUGAUGACCAAAGGGAAGAAGGAGUUUUCCUAUGGCCUUUUCGAAUUGCGCGCCAAGAUUGACACGCGACCAGGUGCCUGGUCGAGCUGGUGGGCCAUAGGCGACUUCGACUUUGUGCCCUGGCCGAAGAACGGCCAAAUCGACAUCUUAGACGCCUUUCAACACAUGUUGAAAGCCAGUGUGACUCAUGCUGGAGAAUCGGGGCUGCCCAGCAGUGCCAUCCAACACGCAGGUGCUCGAAUGUUGGACCGAGACUGGGAAAAGUAUUACCACACCUGGCAACUGGAGUGGGAUAGCGACUUCAUCCAGAUUCGUGUGGAUGGUGAAACGCUGCUGAAGGUGGAUCUCAAGGUGGCGGACGCGGUGCGGACCUCGUGGCCCAAUCCCUUCACGCGCGCCAAGAAGUUCUUCCUGAUCCUGAACUUGGCCAUCGGAGGUCAUGCCGGAGGAGAUGCCACGUUGACAGAGUUUCCCAUGGAACUUCGUGUGGACUACAUCCGUGUGUUUCAGAAGAGGGGCUACACAUCCUGAAGGGUCCCAGACAACUUCCGACGUCCGCGGCG